CCAUGAUUCGCUGCGUCCUCCUCGCGAAACCUUUACGAAUUGUUGGGACGUUUCCUCUAUCGACGGCCGCCAUGCGUCUACGCAGCAGUGGGCUCGUAGAAAAAGAUGACGUAGUGAAGGACGAAGCGGAAAGUCUGCCACGUAGAGCAGAGGGUGAAGCACAAGGCUUGAAACGCGAAAAGGAGGAUGAAACGACUUCACUGAUCUCCAAGAAGAAAGUGAAGAAAGCGAAGACGAAGAAGGAGCGAGCUCCUCGUGCGGAGCCCAGUGGCUGGAAGGAGAUUCUGCGUGGAAUCGAGCAGAUGCGCGCCAAGAAAGACGCCGAGGUGGACAAAUACGGCUGCGAGGUUUUCUUCGAUGAGAACAUUCCGCCUCAUGUGUGUCGCCUCCACGUGCUUAUCUCUGCCAUGCUGAGCAGUCAGACUAAAGACCCUGUGAACGCCGCAGCCAUGGGUCGUCUUAUCAAGCAUGGAUUGACAGUGAAGACGAUGCUUGAGAUCGACCAGCACGACCUCGCCCAGCUGAUUCGACCCGUGGGCUUCUUCAAUUAUAAAGCCAAGUACAUUAAGCAGACAGUAUUGAUUUUGUCCAAGCAGGCGGAGGCGGAGGGCAAAGAUGUCGUUGACAUUCCCAGCACUUACGAAGAACUGAUAGCACUUCCCGGGGUCGGGCCAAAGAUGGCGACGCUUGUGAUGAAUUGCGCGUGGAAGAAUACUGUGGGAAUAUGCGUGGACACGCAUGUGCAUCGUAUCUCAAAUCGUCUCAAGUGGGUGAAGACAUGGAACAAGAACAACCCAAAGUCACAAGAUCCUGAGAAGACUCGAGCGGUAGGAAAUCAGUCGCAUGGCUGA